GAUCGCAUGUGUGUCCCUCAAAAAUACUAUGAGGAUUGUUUGAAUUUGUUGAAGGAUCCCUCAGAGGCUGGCAUACAUAUGGAAUGUGUCGCGGGACGUGAUCGUAUCGAUUGUUUGGAUAUGAUUAAUGAACGUAAGGCCGAUGUUAUGGCCUCCGAACCGGAAGAUAUGUAUGUGGCAUAUCAUACCAAAAAUGCCGAUUAUCGAAUUAUAUCGGAGAUACGCAGCAAAGAGGAUAAAGAAGCCCCCUUCCGCUAUGAGGGUGUCAUCUUGAUUAAGAAAAAUUCCAGCAUUCAUAGUCUGCGAGAUUUGCAUGGCAAAAAAUCUUGCCAUACAGGUUUUGGUCGCACUGUUGGCUAUAAAAUACCCCUAACGAAAUUGAAAAAUGCUCAGGUUCUGCAAGUUUCAUUGGAUCCAGAAAUAUCGGCAACAGAACGUGAACUUAAAGCUUUGUCGGGAUUCUUUACGGAGUCGUGUAUGGUGGGUAGUUAUUCACCAUAUCCGGAAAAAGAUCGGCUGUUAAAAAAGAAAUAUUCCAACUUGUGUGCCUUGUGUGAGAAACCAGAACAAUGUGAUUAUCCCGAUAUAUAUUCUGGUUACGAUGGAGCCAUUCGUUGCCUGGACAAGGGUAGAGGUGAUGUGGCAUUUACCAAAGUUCAAUUUGUCAAGAGAUAUUUUGGGAUGAUCCCCGGCAUUGUGGCUGAAGGAGAUGCCUUCGAUUACGAUUAUUUGUGUGAAGAUGGCAGCAGACGUCCAAUCGACGGGCCGGCAUGUUCUUGGGCUCAACGACCCUGGACCGGCUAUAUAUCCAAUACCUAUUCCGUGAAAGAUGAUGAAAAAUUGCACAAUUUACAAAAUCGUUUGGAGAAGUUCUUCGAACAGGGUUUACAUGCUCAGAAUAAGGAGGCCGCCUCCCAUUUACUGAUCAAUGAGAAUUCCGUUUAUCACAGCAAAUCGCAUGGAGUGGAACCGCAGGAAUAUCUAGAGGCCGCUGGCUACAAAGAUGUUAUUGAACGUGAUGGUUCGGAUAUUAGGAAAAUGAUUAUGUGCGUCCAAACCGAUAUUGAAUUGGAAAAAUGUGAUACCAUGCGCCGUGCUGCCUAUUCACGUGAUAUACGUCCCGAAAUGCAGUGUGUCCUGGCGGAAAAUUGUAUUUCAGCCGUUAAGGAGGGAAAGGCUGAUAUGUUGGCUGUUAAAGCCGGCCUGUAUAGAGAGGCCAGAGAAAAUGACCUACUGCCCAUUGUGUAUGAAAGCUAUGCCGACAAUGAUGUCUAUGUUGCUGUGGUGGAACCAUCUCUAAGUAGAGAACAAUUAUUUUCUUCACAAAUAAAUUUCAAUCCACAAAACGAAAGGGCCCUCAAGGCAGCCGAAUAUCUAAAUCACCUGCGAGGUAUCAGCACCUGUCAAACCACGCCCACAUCAGAAGAGCAUAUUAAAAUCGUUAAUGCCUUGAAUUUAGAUCAGUACAAAAAUAAACAAUUACUCUGUCCGAAUAUGGAAAAGAUGCCGGUUACGGAAUGGAAAUCUUGUAAUUAUGAUGUCAACCUACCCACAGCGUUAUUCAUUCGAGAUUCUAUGACCCGCAUCGAAAAGGAGACUUUGAAACAUUUAUUUAUUUCUCUGUCGGAUACCUUUGGCAAAAGAUCGAAAUUGUCGGAUGUUUUUGCGCUGUUUGGUGCGUACAAUAAAAAUGCGGAGAAUGUUCUUUUCACCGAUAGUGCCUUGGAAUUUACAACUGAUUUAAGAAGUGCCCAGGUUAAAGAAAAGCUUUAUGAAAGUCUGAAUUGUAAAUCGAAUUAA